UUUUUUUUUUGGGGGGGGGGGGUCCUCGCUGACAACAUUUAUCAUCGGAUAUCCACUUGUACUUCAAAUCACAAGGUCUUCUCUCAGUAUUAGUACUGAUCAUCAUGUCCAUCGACUUUGAUAGUGCUGCUCUGCAAACUCAACAUGAGGAGGAGGAAUACGACCCAGAGGACUAUGCCCGAGAGCAAGAGCUCCACAAGCUGCUCACUGACCUGCCUGAUGACAUGCUGGAGGACAGCAGAGACUCCUCGUCUCCUGAGCUGGACUGCUCUGCCUGCAGCAACCCAGACACACGGAACAGAUCACAACAGCCUACGUGGAAUCGCCAACAAACUGAAUGGUCCGAUCACCAAACACCUGCCUCACGUGAAGAAAACUAUGAGAAGGACUAUGACCACGGCUCCUACCAUGAAGAGUACCCCUACGAGGAGGCUGCUGUCGUUGGGCAGAUCAACGGCCAUGCCAACCAUGCCAGUCACCCCCAACAGAGUCACCCCCAGGCCUGGGACCAGCAAGGACUGACUGAGUACCAGCAUGAAGAGCAGCACUAUGGCCAUGGUGAGGGUUGCACAUAUACCAGCGUAGGUACUGAGCAGUCUGCAGCAGCCGGCCCUGAUUUCUCCACGGAGGAAGGGGUGUAUGGAGAUGAGCUGUACCCACGUGGGGCUGUUCUCCCUGGGGUGGAGUACCAGAGAGUAGUGGGGGGCCAUGGGGACGAGCAGAACUACGCUGGUGAGGAUCAGAACAGCAGGAAACAUGUCCAAAAGUUUGACAGUGUGGGAUCAGGAGACCGUUAUAAGGCCAACUACAACCCCUACCAGCCUGCCAUUCAGCCCAAGAUGUUCAACUCCGAGGUCCCCCAACAGCAGCUUGACGACCACUAUGACCAGCUGCAGAGAGACUUCCUGGACUCGGCACAGAGUACUGCAGACACUCAGCAGCUAGCCCAGCUCCAGAUCCUCAACAAGGCCCAGCUGAGACAGAUCGAAGACCUGGAGCAGAAACUGGAGGAUUCAAGACGCAAUAUGAGAUACUUGGAGCAUCAGUUUGCCAUCGUGAGAGAUGAGAAGGAGGGUCUGGCUGUGAGUCUGAAGGAGUCCUGCAGAGUGAUGGAGGAGGCCAAGGAGAGAGAGGUGCUGCUGCAGACUAGCGUUACGUCUCUGGAGCUGCAGGUUCAGGCUCUUACUGACCGAGAUCAUGAGAACACCAAGAAGCAGCGUGUGGCGGAGGCAGCGGUGGACAGCAUGCAGCAGCAGAUGACAGAACUGUGUCGGUCAGACAGUCUGUCGAGACUCCGAGAGCAACACGACAGAGACCUAACAGUGGUCAGAGAGCAGCACGACGCCAAGCUGCUGGUGUUACAGCAGAGACUGGACACCUGCGAUCAGGCCCUGGAACAACAGGCGGAGGUGGUCCAGGGUCUGCGUGAUCAGGUGAGGCAGCAGGACAGACGGAGAGAGGAGGAGCAGGUGGAGAGAGCAGGAGUCAUCAACACUCUCACACAGCGCCUACAGGAGAGCCAGCAGCAGUGUGCCAAACUGCUACAGACUGGUGUGUGUCUGUGUGUGUCCGGGUCUGUGUCCGUCUGUGUCACCACCUUGGGAAUUGCUUCCCCCUCUGUCCACCACCUGUUUGUCGACGCCCCCUCUGUCCUCCACCUGUUUGUUGAAGCCCCCUCUGUCCACCACCUGUUUGUUGACGCCCCCUCUGUCCACCUGUUUGUUGACGCCCCCUCUGUCCACCACCUGUUUGUCGACGCCCCUCUGUCCACCACCUCCCCCCACCUGUUUGUUGAAGCUGUCCACCUGUUUGUUGAAGCCCCCUCUGUCCACCUGUUUGUUGAAGCCCCCUCUGUCCACCUGUUUGUUGAAGCCCCCUCUGUCCACCUGUUUGUUGAAGCCCCCUCUGUCCACCUGUUUGUUGAAGCCCCCUCUGUCCACCUGUUUGUUGAAGCCCCCUCUGUCCACCUGUUUGUUGAAGCCCCCUCUGUCCACCUGUUUGUUGAAGCCCCCUCUGUCCACCUGUUUGUUGAAGCCCCCUCUGUCCACCUGUUUGUUGACGCCCCCUCUGUCCACCACCUGUUUGUUGAAGCCCCCUCUGUCCACCACCUGUUUGUCGAAGCCCCCUCUGUCCACCUGUUUGUUGACGCCCCCUCUGUCCACCUGUUUGUCGACACCCCCUCUGUCCACCACCUGAUUGUUGACGCCCCCUCUGUCCACCACCUGUUUGUUGACGCCCCCUCUGUCCACCACCUGUUUGUCGAAGCCCCCUCUGAGGAGUUGUCUGAGCUGAAGGAGCAGAUCUGUCUGUAUGAGUCUGUUGUGAAACAUGGAGUCCUCUCUGUUGAGGUGACCGGAGGAGAUAUCUGGGAGAACCAGCUGUCUGACUCCUAUGUAGACCUGGGGAUCAAGAAGACUCGCUGUGAGAACGGACGAAUUCACAGCACUCCUCUGUUGGGAGUGUCUGAGCCCAACCCAAAGCUGCCCAGAGAGAAGGAAGACUUGGCUGUGAAGGAGCUCCGGGCAGAGUUACAGCGCUGUCUGGCCAGUCUGAAGGGAAAGAGGCAGAGGAUCGGUCAGCUGCAGGACCAUCUACGGGACUCACAGGGACAGGUGAACGAGCUACAGACCCAGCUACAGACCCAGCUACAGACCCAGCUACAGACCCAGCUAGACCAGGAACAGACCAGAGACCCAGCAGAAACCAGACCAAUGGACCCACAUCCAGAUGUAGCUUCCCAGAAAGAGCUGCAGGAGGACAGGCAGCGCCUACAAGAACGCCUCGAGACGCUGGAGAAGAAGAACGUGGAGCUGAGGCAGAGGGAGGAGAAAUUGAAGGGGGCUAACUCAGAGCUGUGCACCAAGAUGAGAGAGAUGAUUCAGGAACUGGACCAGGAGAAGCAGGAGGCUGCUCAGAGGUAUGAGCGAACCCAGCAGCAGUUCAGAGAUGACGUAGUGAACCGUGUUCGUUCAGAACUCACCCUGGAACACACAGCUCAGAUAGAUGACAUCACGGCAAACCACCAGCUGCAGAUACAACAGCUACAAGCCAAGCUGUGUGAGGUGAAUGGAGAGAUGGUGGCAGUACAGGAGUGCUACAUCUCACUCUGCAGGGACAAAGACCGGCUGGAGGAAAACCUGCAGGGAAGAAUGGAGGAGGAGGAGAAGAAGAAGAGGGACAAUGAGCUGAAAACUCUCGACGAGAGCAGGGCUGCUCUGGAGAAGCUAAGAUCAGACCUGGAGAGCCAGCAUCAGGAGAAUGUCACCAAGCUCAGAGCCCUGUGGUCUGAAGAGAAGGACAAGGAGCUCAGACAAGAGCUCCAAACCCAGCUGACCAAGGCCAAGGCAACAUGGACUGAGGAGAAGGAGGAGAUGGACAGGUCCUGGACUCAGAGGCUGGAGGCAGCCGUAGCAGACGCCAGAGGACCGAGACCCACAGAUACCCAGGAGUCUCAGACGGACCUAACUGAUGAGGGGAAGGCCUGUCGGACACCUAGCCCUGAGAGGACAGAGACUGCUCCAGGCUGCACUAUGGAGGAGCUGGACACCAGGCUCCGGGAACAGAGGCUCCAGCUGCAGCGAGAGGCAGACACGGCACGACACAGAGCAGUGGAGGAUGCUGGGAAACGAAUCCAGAAAGAACUACAGGAGAAGCACUUGGAGGACAUGUCCAAACAGGUUGAAGGAGCGAUAAGCAGAGCCUACAGCCGCUGGCUCCAGGAUCUCCCCUCCCUGCCGGAGUAUAAGGCAGCGCUCCAGAGAGAACGAGAGAAGUGGGAGAAAGAACAGGAGAAACAUGUUCACCAACGGGUGUCCCUAGCCCUGAGGGAAGCAGAGGAGAGGCUGAGGAGUUCGGAGGAGGACGAGCAGGGAGGAGACCAGAGGGUUGAGGAGCUCCAAGAGGAGGUGCGGCGUUGGAGGCAGCUGGAGGAGGACCUGAAGACCGAGGUGGAGGAGGUGGCACAUCUGCAGAGCCAGGUGGAUGAUCUGCAAAGCCAGCUUGACCAUGAGAAGGAGGAGAAGGCUGCCCUGCUGAAAGCCGAGCUACUUGCAGCCAGAGCCUCCUGGAACAGAGAGAAACAGCAGGAGAUCUCCUCCCUGCAGGCUUUCCAGGAGGAGAAGCUGAAACAGGCGCAGAAGGAUGUGCGGAAGGAGGCGAAUGGGGAGGCGGAGCGCCAGAGGAAAGAGCUCCUUUUGCAGACGGAGGCUGAGCUGCAACAGGCUCUGAGGGACCGAGAGGAGGACUGGAAGAGGCAGGAGGAUAGGAGGGGCAAGGAGGAGAGGAGGCAGGGAAGAGCGGAGGAACGUGAGGAGGUGCUCCGGGAGCUUAAGGCUGGGCUGAAGGAGGUGCAGUCUGUGCUCCUCAGAGGAGGAGCCUACAAAGAGAAGGAGAACGGAGGAGAGGUGGAGGGGAGGAGGAGAGCCAGCGGGAGCGUCAGAGAACUCCUCAUGUCUACCUGUAAAGACCUCCUCUUUAAAGCUGUUGCCCAGGCCCAGAAGGAGUUGAAGAAGAUCAGCGAGGAGAGGCUUGGCCAGGUUCUGAAGGAAACUCAGGAGCGUCAUGAGAAAGAACUCAACCAGAUUCAUAGCUCCGCUGCUCAGAAGACGGAAGAGGGUGGUUGUGGGAAGCGGUGUGCUGAGACCGUGUCCGAGCUGCAGAAGAGGAGUCGGGACCUCCAGAGGCAUCUCGAGAAGGCCUGUAGACAGCUACAGAUGACCGUCAAAGACCACAAGGCCUCAAUGCAGUGCCUCAAAGUUGAGCACGAGGUGGCCCUACGGAAAGAAAAAGAGGACAACCUGCAGAAACUUGAAGAAUUGAAAAGCUCUGCAGCCAAAGAAUCCUCUGGGGGUACAGACAUGGAGCAGAGUCUCCAUGCUGGCCUUGAAGAGAUGAGGGAGCAGUACAUGAAGGCUGUUGAGAAAAUCAGAGGUGACAUGCUACGCUACCUCAAGGAGAGUAAGGAGCGAGCAGCGAAGAUGAUCCGUGUCGAGGUGCUGAGAGAGAGGCAGGACACAGCCAGGAAGAUGAGACACUACUACCUCACCUGUCUGCAGGAACUUCUAGAGGACGGGGGGCAGGUCACCGGGGCUGAGAAGAAAAUAAUUCAUGCUGCGAGUAAGCUGGCAGCCAUGGCCAAAGUGUUGGAGACCCCUACCAAGAGGAAAACGGGAAAGAGCCACAGCUUACCGGUCUCGUCAUCAAAGACAGAGGCUGCUACUGACAACCACCCAGGCGACGCGUCAGGUUCUCCUAAUAAAACCCCAUGUCCAGCUAGCCACUUCCCUGAGAUCACCAUGUCCUGUGGUGAUGAGGGGAGGAUCCUGAAGGCCAAGAGGUCCUCUGAGCCCGACUCCAAAACCACGUCAGCUGCAGCCAACACCACCUGGAAUACUAGGCCUGUGAGUAAACCCACCCACCUGAACCUCCUGACCAAUGGAAAGGAGAAAGGAUCCCCUGCAAACUUGCUUAGGAAACCCCAUGUCUCUUCGGGACUCUUCCUCUCACUUCCUCCUCACAAAUCCUCUCAUCAAAUUGGUCAAACCUCCCUCGACUGUUACCGUGGUGAUUUUACUAACGUUACUCUGAGGACCCAGACCAGCAGGGAGCUGUACCUGCAGGGGGCGGAGUCGGGGAGAUCAGACGAUGACAACUUCCUGUGUCACCGUAGUAACACUAAACCCUUCCUGGUCCAGGAGGAGCUUCCCGUUAGAGAUGAAGGAGGAUCGAGUGAUUGGAGUUUGUCCAGUAAUGGGUCCCAAGAUGGCCACCACGUCCCCGCAGUUUCCUCUCACCCAGGCAGAAAAAUGGAAACUGUGAAACCGUUCCCUUUGCGUGGACCUUCUUCAGCUGAUGACCACACCACUGACAACUCUGACGUGACAGUUUACAAAGACUUUGUCAAUGUUCAGUUUUGCGCCAAAGCCUCGACUUUCCCCAGUGUCCCGCCUCAGACCAUAGCUUUAACUCAGUCUGUCCCAAGUAUGAAGACUGGUAGUAGUAGAUCAAGUCACAGAGAGCCUGUCCCUGGCUCUGAGGGGGACUGGCAGAAUCAGAACCAGUUCCAGAACCGGCUGUGUUCUAAGAGUCUGUUCUCUGAGCUGAAGCGGAGUCAACAGCAGGACGGUGGUUUUGACGGUCCAUUCUCUCAUCGACAAUAAGAGCGAACAGUCCUAAGACUCUGCAUGACACUGUUCUUAUAAAGGGAGGAAAUGGAGCUAGUGGAGAUUUCAGUGAGUCUUGAAUUUUAGUAUUUUGGUUCAGUUUUACAUUUACAUUAAUAUGUGAGUCAUUUAGCAGACGCUCUGAUCCAGAGUGACUUUUACAGGAGCAGUUCGGUUUAAGUGACUUGCUCAAGAGCACAUCGACAGAUUUUUCGCCUCGGCGGCUCGGCGAUUCGAACGGUCUUAACCGCUAGGCUACCAACCGCCCCACGCGAUAUGAUGUGGGAAAUGACUGAGGUCAUCAUUACGCCGGGGUCGUCGUUACGCCAGGGUCGUCGUUACGCCGGGGUCGUCGUUACGCCGGGGUCAUCAUUACGCCGGGGUCAUCAUUACGCCGCGGCCAUCAUUACGCCGCGGUAAUUCUAAAUUGCCACAAACGUGUACAAGUAAACCUCGUGUUCAUGAGUGUUAGGACCAAUAGCUAUAGCCAGAACGGAUGAAUACGUAGUAGGAUACAAGCCUGGUGUGAUCUUGCUUCGUUCUAGUCAAUGAUUUCCACUUUUCUAAAAUGUUCCAUUUCUUCCGUCUGUGUGUCUUGUGUUCUUUUAAUGGCUUUUUAUCUGUACUGAAGGAUUUUUUAAAAAUGUUGUUUUUCUAAAUUAAACUAUUUUUUUAUAUCAAGGUUGUGAGAUAUGCUGUGCAUGUAACAAAAUACAGUUCUUUAUAAUAUAAAUGAUGUUGCUUUAAUGUAAUUUAUAAUAACUUUUCGUUUAGAUCUUACUGAUGUGGACUGUAAUAAAAAGGGUUCUAUUAACUCGGCAA